AUGGCGCAACACAAAGCGAAGAAAAAUGCGACCAGAGCAGACAAGUUCACUUUCUUUGCUCAAAAAACGCCACAAACUCCUACAGGCCUGUUCCCCCUUAGCCAAGAUGGUGCAGAUGGCGCCGAGGAGGAAGGUUCCUCACACGACCAGAUACAGGCCGACGAUACCCUGACAAAGAGACACCUGACCCGGGCGCUAGAAACCCUCUCCAACAAGCUCAUUGAAUCAUGGCAACAUUCUAUUGAUGCACUCCGCAGGGACAUUCAAGAUAUUGGCGGGCGCACUUCGCACCUCGAAUCCAAAAUGGAUGAAGUGGCGGUGGCUCAUGAUGAUCUGGCAGCGCAUGAGGAGUCCCUGGAAGAUAGAUUGGCACUUGCCGAAUCUCGACUGGAGGAUAUAGAAGACAGGGCGCGGCUGAAUAAUUUGAGGAUCCGAGGUGUUCCGGAGUCAGUUCAGCCGGCAGAUCUACAAGCGUAUGUGAGGGGCCAUCUCGGCGCGUAUGCGCCGGAGGUCCCUUCGGAUAUGCUGUUGCUCGACAGAGUUCACCGACUUCCCCGCCCGAGGCACUUGUCUGACUCCGCACCCAGGGAUAUCCUACUACGCGCCCACUAUUUCCACAUUAAGGAGCAUAUCCUUCGUGCUAGCAGGCGCUUACCCAACCCUCCAGAGGGCUACUCGGACAUGCAGAUCUAUCCUGACAUAUCAGCUGCCACUCUCCGCAGGAGAUAGGACUUUGCGAGGAUCACCGCGGCUCUCCGCGACAACGGAAUGAAGUAUAGAUGGGGAUACCCCACGAAAAUCCUGGUAUCAAAAGAGGGGAAGCUGCAGCCAAUCCUUUCUCCAGAAGAAUGUGCAACACGAGUAA